AUGUCCUCGCCGCCUAGCGGAGAAAGCGCAAUUUUCCUCCACCAUAUAUACCGCCCCAAAUUUCGAAACCCACCAUUUUUGCGCCGGAAUGUGCGCAAAGUUCUUCGUUCAUUGAGUAGUAUGGGAGGAACUAUCUCAUCACUUAGGGAUUCACUCGGCCUAGCCGAGCAGGAUGACGAUGAAGAUGCGCGACCUCCAAAGCGGAGGAGAAUCAACAAAUAUGACCCUCCACCAGACCCCUUUUCCGCUCAAAACCAUUCGGGUCCUCAAAAUAGGAAACCAUCUAGUCAUGUGACAUAUGAGAGCGCAAGUCGACCCUUAAAGGCUCUAGAGCCCUCCAGUUUCUAUGGCGACUUCCACCAGGAAGCCUCUGUUGGGCGGGCAGAAACCCCCCUGGAGUCAUCUAUCAGUGGCAAGUACAUUAGCAAAAUCUUGCCCGUCACCCCGGUAGACUUUGAGAGGUCGUUGCAUAUCGACCUUGAUGGCAUAUGUCCCUUGCCCACUGGGAAGGAAUACCCAGAAACCAUUCGCCGGCAGAUGCAGUCGGUCAAUAUCAGAUGCGAUUGCACAGUUGCUAUCUUCUAUGCCAAGGACAAAGACGACCCGGAACAAGGCCAGUAUUCCGAAACUUGCCGAAGUGUCAAGCGGUGCACAUUGCGUGUAACCAUCGGAGUUGACAGCGAGAUGAAGAGCGAGUUUCAACAUCUUGAACCGUUUGUUUUCAGCCAACAAGAAUUCUAUGUCAAUAGAAAAUCUAGGGCCUCGGGGAAAAUACAGUAUACUUCUGGUCUGGCCGACGAUUACCAUGUUCAGGUUUCGAUACGCCCCGUUGGCUUUCAGAAAGCUUGGCCCCCUGUCCGCGUUCCUGUUUUAGCAGACUUAAAAGACGAUAGCCUAGCUCUCCAAUUAGGUGUCGUAUCGAAAUCGCUUGAGGAGGGACGGGCAGUCAACAACGACUUAAGUCUUUCUUGUGUAACAGAUAAUCUAUUAAACCCCAAGCUGCAAAAUCAAGCUACAAAGCUAGCUUUGUGCCACGGUGGCUUAGAGCAACCUCUGGAUUAUGUUCUCAACUUAAAGAUCCAAUGGGCACUUCCUAAUCCUAGGAUAGUUAGGUCUACCUAUCCCUCGACGUCCAACACUGCCACAGAUUCACUCCUUUCGGCUCCACGGAGACCAGACGAAACUCCAAUCUCUAACAGCUCCCGCUCUCCUAGGCACCGGCCUAAUGUCGCUACAUAUAACCUUAAGACCUUGAGUGCCCAAGCUCAGGGGCGCUCCCCAAGGGCCCCUAGGAGAAAGGACGUGGGUUCUCGAUUUAGCAAUAUAGAUGGAACCACCGUUACAUAUAGCUUCGGAAGAGCAGAUGCAGCGGAAGCGGGUGUCAAACAACAGACCACGGUACCUGGGUUGAACUGCCCCUUCUGCAACUGUCGGCACAGAUCCGUUAGCCAUCUACGGCUGCAUCUGCGCAAUGAACAUGAAGCGUUUAAGUUCUCAGUACGCCGGGUUGAUCCCCCUAGAGUAGCCUUUUUCGUGGAGAUACUGCCGGCAAAAUCCCGUCCUGCUUUAACUCGGGAAGUACAGCGGACCUUUCAGUUAGGCAAGACUUUGACACUAUUCGACCUUGAAAGCUACCUUAGCGGGGAUAACUCUUGGAUAAAAACCCGCCGGGGAAUGCAGCACAACUUAUUGCCGGGACAUAUCGCUCAAGAGGACGAUAACUCCUCAUCAUCCUCAUCGCUGCACGAGUCACGGUAUAGCUCUCCGAACACGUCUCUUCAUACAGAUGAACCCGGGGAGCUUUGCAAGGCCAACAGUCCUGCAAAAUUGCCAAUAAGGCCACACAGAGUAGUAUACGUUCCGGCGACGACUAAACCACUCUAUCACACCGUCACCAAGCAGUUACUGAAACCUGGACACGAGCUUCCGAGCAGUGAUGACGAAAAGGAUGAGGAUUGGCUUCAUCAGAAGCAUCGCGACGGCAUAAACGAUUUCACCGACCUUGCUGACCACGAAAAAGAAUAUAUCAAUCAGUGGAACCCAUUCACCAUGAAGGAGCAACACAACUGCCCCAGGUACCUUCCAGACGCCAUGCUCCGGUUUGUGGAGGCGAACAAGACCUGGCUUGGGGAGAAAAGCUCGAGGCGGCGCGAGUUCAUCCUGCAAUGUUCAGUAUUCAUCAUGCGCGGGGUUAUAACUCAGGCAGAUUUCUCGGCCUGUAUAGAGAUCCUAAGGCAAGCGCACAAUACGCAAAUGGAUGUGGAUCCAGCUACAAAUGCAGGCGAGAAGGGAAAUCCAGUCAGACCUGCGAAACUUCGAGGCCCCUUAUCUUGUGCCUGUGGUGGGCUCACUGAGCUUGUCGACCGGGUUGCCUGUCGUGGAAACCUCAAAAAUGUUGGUAUAUCGCUUUACGGAAAUUGCAGAAGCUUGCUAGAUCGUUUGCUGACAUGA